UUUUUUUUUUUUUUUUUUUUUUUUUUUUUUUUUUUUUGUAAACGACAACGUUUGUGCGUUGUCUUAAUUUGUUGGAGAGUGCACGAAUGACCGUUAAUUCAGGUAAAAUUUCCGCCUAACAGCCUCACCUUUUCUAUCUAUGGCAAAACCGACACUAACACCCAAUUUUUUUGAAACCUUUGUAUUUGGCAACGAUCUCUCUCUCCUUCUUCGUACACACACACAAGAAGAGAGAGAAAGAGAGAUAGAGAGAGAGGUCAUGGUCUCGGUCUCGGUCUAGUUCUUCCUUACCAAGGUCAUGAUCUGUCUCAUCAUUUUCCCUGCACUUUGAUCCCUCCUUCUCAAUCUGUUCAAAUCAACACCUACUUCAAUUUUCACAUACAUAUAUACAUAUACAUAAAGUCUUAGGAUUCAUAUAUAUAUAUAUAUAUAUAUAUAUAGAACAAAAAAAAUAUUGUAGUUUUUAGAUUCGGGUACAUGUAUAAUGGCCUCAUCAAGAUCAUUCAGGCGUUUUGUUGAGAAGGAGUUAGGGGAGCUACCACAUUUCUUGAUUUACGCCAUCCUCGAAUGGGUGAUGAUAUUUCUGCUGUUCUUUAUCGGGUUUCUAGCGUUUCUCUCCAACGAAUUCGCCAGGUUCUUCGAAUUGCGUUUGCCCUGCUUGCUCUGCACCAGGAUUGAUCAUCUUCUGGUUCACAAAAACCCUGACUUCUACUACAAUGACACAAUGUGUGAAGCCCACAAGAAGGACAUUUCGUCGCUGGCCUAUUGCCACGUCCACCGGACGCUCUCAGACAUUUGGAGCAUGUGUGAGGGGUGCCUCCUUUCGUUCUCAACCGAGAAAGAAUCAGACCGCGACACUUACAGGUCCCUAGUUGGGAUUCUGCACAAGGACAUUGAUUCCUUUGUGGAGGAUGAUCACAAGAUUCAGCUGAAAUCGGGAGGGAGGAGAGACGAUGUGAGGAAUAGUCCUACUCCUUGUCCUGUUUAUAGGUGUUCUUGUUGUGGGGAGCCUCUGAGGAUGAGAUCCUCUUCGAGGAGUACCAUGACGCGGAGUUCAUCAAUCAAUGCCAGCCUUCUUUCGCAAGCUCCUGCUCCCUCUCCCCGAACACCAAUGAUGACAUUGAGAUAUGAGGAACCCCGGAAUCUUGACCUGCCUCACAUCCGUUACACGGAGCUCAAGUUCAUCUCGGACAACGAAUCAGAGCAUCCAGAAGAUGAGGAUGGAUCAAAUGCAGAUAACCAAUCAACGAAGGAAGAAAACAAAGCUGUCACCGCGCCAUUGCUACCAGAACCUGAGGAAAUGACCCCUAGUUUUACUAGAGGAAACAAGUUUUUCGGUAUCCCACUUUCAGAUUCAGCUGCAGCAAGUCCUAGGUUUUCUACUAGGUUUCCCAGGAAACUGCAAAUUGAGAAGUCGGAGUUAUUUCUGGAGUCAACUGACACCAACAGGACGAAUGAAGCUGACCGUGACUCCAUUUUGCAACAAUUGAAGAGACAAGUCCGAUUGGAUCGCAAGUCAAUGAUAGCUUUGUGCAUGGAAUUGGAUGAAGAAAGAAGUGCCUCUGCCGUUGCAGCAAACAAUGCAAUGGCCAUGAUUACGCGGUUGCAAGCAGAGAAAGCCGCUGUUCAAAUGGAGGCUUUGCAGUAUCAAAGAAUGAUGGAUGAGCAGGCCGAGUAUGACCAAGAAGCCAUACAAGUUAUGAAGAAUUUGCUCAUCAAGAGAGAGGAUGAGGUCAAGGAUAUGGCGGUUGAGCUCGAGACAUACAGAGAAAAAUAUGGACUCAUAAGGAAAAUAAGCAGUGAGGAAUGUGUAUUCGAUGCUGAAGAUUACCAGGAAUUCAAAUCUCAAACUUUCUCAAGUGAAUGUGGAAGCCCUCGUGAAGUAGAUCAAACUACAGAAAAUGGGCGUCAAUCUGGGCCGUUGCAGGAAGAAAAUGGAGGAACCUUUGACGAGUCAUCGUUUGAUUUUGACCGCGAGAGAUCUUAUCUUCUAGGCCAGUUGACAGAUUUGGAGAAAAAAAUUAAUUUUUCUUCAGGUGAAGAACCUCAUUCUUCAGAGUCUAACUCUGACAUUACUAAGCAUGAAGAUAAAAACACAGGACAAGAAAUUAAGGCUGACCUUACGAGAGAAAUGUCUCAAAUUAAGGAGAGAUUGAGAGCCAUUGAAGCAGAUAGUGGAUUUUUGAAACAUACUGCUAUGACACUUCAGAAGGGCGGUGACGGGACAAAACUCUUGACAGAGAUAGCUCAUCAUCUGCGAAAGCUUAGGCAGCCAUUGAAAAUGCCUCCAGAGGAUAUGAAUGCAUGAGUUUCAUCCUCAUUCUUUUACGUUUUUUCUUCUCCCUUUUCCUUUUCGUAGUAGGGUGUACAUAAAUACAAUUUGGCAUGUCGGAGAGAAAGAGCCUUGAAAUCGCGCAUGUGAAGCUUCGUGGAGCUCUCGAUUCUUACUGCCUCUUCUCCUUGUGGUAAUAUUUUCUUGAGAACUUCCCUUUUGGUCUUUGGCAUUUUAGUAUUACAUAUAUGGAAUAACCAUCACAAAAGUCAAGGUUUUCAUUAGGUCUUUCUGUGGUGUACUAAAUUAAUUGACUCCAGUAUUUGCCAAUAGUUAAAUUUUUCAUUGUAUUUUUAAUGAUGUUCUGUUUCUCUGA